UUUCGUUGGCAAAGAAAAUCAACCAUUCCGCACCAAUCAACGCCGCUGUAACAUUCUGUGUAAAAAUUCUCGUUGAUUUUUUUAUUCUAAUUUCGAAAUGAUUGGAUAAUUAUAUAUGUGGUAUUCGAAAAUGGACAGCAUUUUUGAUGAAGUGAAAAAAUGUGUUAUAUGGAAUAAGGACAUACUCGACAAGUACUAGAUCUAAUUCUCAAACGACGUAGUUUGAACAUUUGAAAACAUUGUGUCGAUUUUUCCCAGGAAAUAUAUGACUAACCAAGUAAUUUUUAAUCGUGAAAAUGCAUCGUAAAUAAUUUAUUGAGCCAUGGUACAACAUUUUACAUUGGAAUGGUACAAGUUCCGAAAAGUUUAAUCUAAAAAGAUUAAAAGUAGUUCAAAAAAGGAAAAAAUACCAAUAGAGUUUAAAUAUGUAAAAUGAUAAUAGAAAAUGUAUAGAAAUCUAUAAUCGUUUAAUAUAAACUCUUCUUGCUUCAUUCAAUAAUUUGCGGUAAUUUCUUGAUACUCGGACUUAUACCAUCAACAUCAAUUGCGGAAAAAGUCACACCUAUUAAACAUUUAAACAAAAUAAAACAAUUACCUACCAAUCGUUCAACGAAGUAAACCGUUUUACAAAAUUAACAAAAAGGUGUUUACAAUAAAAAAACACAACAUGGGGCAUUACUCCGCGAAUCCUUCCAUUACAUCGGCCUUAAGUUCGAUACACAAUUUAAGGCGACCCUCUUUAUACAAGUCGGCGGAAGAGGGUUUGAAUGACCUCGGAAAGGGCUUAAAUCUUGGUCGCGACAGCGAAAUUAACCCUACGGAUAUCGCCGCCAUAUUGCAAAAAAGGAGACAUGAGAAACGGCCGCUUUAUAGGUGUCGAAAGCGAAUGAACAUCUUGCUUCACACGCAUAUCGCACUUAUAGCGGUGUGUAUCCUCAGCAGUUUGGAUGCGGUGUGUGUUAUCGGUCAAGUUAUCUGCGAUAUUCUUAUCAUGUCAGAUAAAUUAGCAAAAUACGAUAAACUUCAUGAAGAAACAGUGGAACUGCUGGUCGAUGUACUUCCAGACUAUUUUACAAAUGAUACGGACUAUUCAGCGUGGAGUUUUGAAAAAGUAGUGCAGCACAUUAAAGACAUUCGCGCAAAUUUAGAAGGUUACGCACCACAUUUACUCGAAGACGACUCCGUUGCCAAUAGCAACCAGUUUUUAAUACGGUCGUUGCUGUCCCGACGCGCGCGUUCAGCAGGCGGCCCGAGCCCACGAGCUGGAGGAGGUGGGGAAGAGGAGGAACACGAUAUUCUGCACGAGCUAACGCACGCCUUCCAUAUCGGCUCUAUGGUUCUCCUGUCCGUAUUGCUUGCCGAGACGUUCUUGAAGAUCUUUGCCAUGGGGAAACACUUUCUGAACCACAAGCUUGAGAUUUUUGAUGGCUUUGUGAUCAUAGUCUCUUGGAGCCUCGACAUGGCAUUCUGGGAAGGGAUCUGGGCUCGCCCGGGGCAGGAGGGCGCCACACUGCUCAUCUUCAUCCUCCCCUGGCGGGUUAUCAGGAUCGUCAACAGCUUCGUGCUAGUGAUCCAAGAGAAGGAUCUGGUCAUGCUGAAGGUGGUCAAGCAGCGGCUGCGGAUGGCUCUGAGACGAGACAAGGAGACGGCGGGAAAACUUGACAAGUACAGGCUGGAGGUGCGUCAGUUGCAAGGUUUAUGUAGGAAGCAUGGAGCAGACGAGAGUUCGAUACAGGCAUGCUGCCCAACAGGCAGGCGGCGUCGGAGCAGCCUCUUCCAGAGCCUAACUAGUCUGGCAUCAGUAGCCCUAGUCAGCGCCAUGGGGUCAAGGCCACCAAACGCAGCGGACCGCUUGUCCUCCUCCAGCGAAUCAGAUGAUGAGGACAUGACUUCACUUCCGACGACAGACGGCGGCAGACGACAGUCCGACUGCUCCACCGCAAGUGUGGUACUGUCAACGGAACCGGCUGACCUGGAUUAUGAAAUAACGGUCAGAGGCGACAGGAUUAAUGGGGCCUUUAAUUUUGAUGACGAAAGCGUCUCGAAAUAUGAUAAUGCUCCAAAAAGGGAUGUUUCAACGAAGCUUUGAAUACCUAUUGCCUGUCCCGACUACGCUAGUACAGGGAGCAGCAAAAAAGAAGCUGUGAUAUGAAUCAGAAAGGAUAUAGUUAACAAAAUAAUAUUUAGAUUUAUCAUUGAAAAUGGGUUAUUAUCGAAAUAAUACAUUAUUUACUACAUAGCUAAGGGACAAUAAUUAUUCAACUUUAUAAUAAUUACUAUUGUGUGUUGCAACAUUGGAUGCUGUUAAGUUUAGAUAAUAUUUUUUGCUUAAAUUAACCAUUUCUAAAACACAUAUUACUUUACUGAUAUAUAAUUUUGAUCAAUCGUUUCGUAUGCACUAUAUUUACGAUGCUUUGUUACUUUUUGUGUUUUGCGAACUUUUAAUUAAAUGCAUUUCUCAUCAACAAAUUAGUUUUCAGCAAAAAAAAUACUUUCUGUAAAUCGGAUGUUCUUUACAAAUAUUUAGAUUAUUUUCGUGUAUAUUGGGGUUAUAAUAUAAUCUGAAAACAAAGUUUUUGUGAGAAGGUAGUUCUGAACUUGUAGAUUUUUUUGUCAUUGUUCUUUAUGAAAUUAAAUUACCUUGAACGCUGAAAAUAAUGUAAUAUGCACUCAUAUUAGUAAUACAGCUGCAUUUUUUAAGGUAGUAACUUUAGUUAUUCUAUAAAGAGGAUUGUCGCUUAACCAUGUUUUUCUGAUUGCAUAUUUAGAAUAACUUCAGGUCAAUUGCGUGAUGCUGGUUUAAUAUGUUUAUCAUGUAAACUUAAUGCGCAUUGCUGACAGCGUGUUUGUUAUACUCGUACGUUUGUUGUUCAAGAUCCAUUCAGACGAAUACACCUUGAUUACACAACAAUUUAUUGCAGUCAAUAAAAAAAUAGAUAUGUACAAA